AUGCCCUCCAACCGAGAGACACUUUCCUUGCGACGACAACGCAGUCGGAAAGUCCAGCCCAAGGUCGCCAACGUCCCGUCUUCUCCUACAGCUUCAUCCAGCACAAGCCAACACUCAACAGAGACAUCAAGUUCAGCUUUUGACGGUGUCGAAAAUUGCAAAGACCACCACAUCCAUUCAUCAAAGAACGACAUACCCCCUGGCACGCCCACAGCUCCAGCAGCAGACCGAAGACGCCAGAUACAGCUGCAUCAUAUCCCAGUCUAUCACAGUCGCGUCUUUCACACUCGACCCCCUCCGAACGCACCAACGGGCCCUGCAGCCGAUAGAAGACAACUAACGAAGCUUGCACCAGUACCUCUUCAAGUGCCCCCUCAAGCCGUACCCAGUCACUGCCAGUCUAAGGUCUGGCGGAGCCCCAAGACGGAGUUGACGGACGCCUUCACAAGAGUGCAGCUCGAAAUGCAACGCCUUGGCUUCAGCAAGUCGCCUGCUGCCCCCGCCACAUUCGAGGACUACUUGGAAGUUGUACUAGCCGAGAAAGACCGCAAGAUACAACUGAACGCCGUCAUGUUAGAGGCCAUCAGGUUGAAGACAGAACAACAGAAGAAGGCGCGACAGAAAGGCGGCGGCUCAGGCCAUACCUCCAGCGGAGAACCAGCUUCGAUUCAAGAUCAGACCUCCGAUGCAAAGCCCCAUCUAGCCACUGCCAAUCCAUUGUAUGGAGCUGAUCCUUGCUGGAACAUUCAGUACACCAAGACGACGGACAGGGCACAAGAUCGAUGUGCUGAAUGGCCGACGCUUUCGGUCUACAAGGACGCGAGUCGCAGGGCUUUGAACAACAAAGGUCUGCCUCCUCCAAGACAGCGCAAUGUUCAGGACCGAACACACAUGGCACUUGGAGAUGCGGCAUGGGAAGAGCGCACACCGAUUCACCAAGAACAUGUUAUCGGCUUGGACGACAGAAGGGGCAUCUUCUCACUUGGGAACGAUGCUUCAACCGAGACUGAUCCGAAUCACGACAUAGACCCGAAGGGUCUCAAUGACUGGACUCGUGAAAUCAUUGACGAAAUUAUCCUUGAGAUAGAGGGCGACGAGACAACGAUCCCGGACGAAGACAAAGCUUAG